GCGCUGGUGCCGGAAGUGACGUAGGAGGUCCGCGGGCGGAGGCGGAGGCGGAGGUGCCAUGGCGGCCGUUGACAUCCGAGAUAACCUGCUGGGAAUUUCCUGGGUGGACAGCUCCUGGAUCCCCAUCCUGAACAGCGGGAGCGUACUGGACUACUUUUCGGAACGAAGCAACCCUUUCUACGACCGGAUGUGUAACAAUGAAGUGGUCAAAAUGCAGAGGCUCACUUUAGAGCAUCUGAACCAGAUGGUUGGAGUUGAGUACAUCCUUUUGCAUGCUCAGGAACCCAUUCUUUUCAUCAUCCGGAAGCAGCAACGACAGUCCUCCUCUCAAGUCAUCCCUCUGGCCGAUUACUACAUCAUAGCAGGGGUGAUCUAUCAGGCACCGGACCUGGGUUCCGUCAUCAAUUCAAGAGUGCUCACAGCGGUGCACGGGAUCCAGUCGGCUUUCGACGAGGCGAUGUCGUACUGCCGUUACCACCCUUCCAAAGGGUACUGGUGGCACUUCAGAGAUCAGGAAGAACAAGAUAAAGCCAAGCCCAAAGCCAAGAGGAAGGAAGAACCCAGCUCCAUCUUUCAGAGGCAACGUGUGGAUGCUUUGCUUCUAGACCUGAGGCAGAAAUUUCCACCCCGAUAUGUACAGCAAAAGUUGGGAGAAAAGCCCAUCCCAGUGGAGCAGACCAAGAAGGAACCGGAACCCGCGCCCGAAACGCUGAAACCCGAGGAGAAGGAGACCCCCAAAAGUGCCCAGCAGACGGCAGGCCCCAAAGGACCUCCGGAGAAAAGGCUGCGGCUGCAGUGAGGCUGAGCGAGCGGUGGGCAGUGGACCGCCUCUCUCAGAGGUCCCGCCAGAGCCCCAGCACCCCUCCGCCCCUCCUCGUCAUCUCCGUGAGGAAUCGGAGCGGGAAACCCUCAGAACUGAGACCACCGCAGGGAGGAAAAGGACCCUUUUCCGUUCGGCUUUUCUAUACUACAGUUUCUCGUUGGUCCCCCGGGCCCGCUUCUUCCCCCUCCCAUUCUCCCCCGCGCCCCCCAGACUCUCCCAGGAAACUGCUGGGCCGGGUGGGGGAUUUGUAAGUGUCUGAGUGUGUGCGUGCGUGGGCGGGUGAGUGAGUGAAAAUAAAUGCAGGAAUUUUUAUAUCA